AUGGCCGCCGUUAGUAAUGGAAGUACUCCGUUACCAGACGAUGUGAACAAACCCCCCGAGGGUGUGGUUUUGCCACCCAAGGAUAUUCGAGCCAUUGUCGAGAAGACCGCUGGAUACGUGGCUCGAAACGGUCCCGUAUUCGAAGAUCGUGUUCGCGAGAAGGAGCGAAACAACCCAAAGUUCUCUUUCCUCAACCCCGACGACGCAUACGGCCCGUUCUACCAAUGGCGCCUCACAGAGAUCAAGGAAGGGCGAGGAUCGACAGCGCUCGCAGGUCGUCCCGGCGAAUCCACCGCGGCCGCGGAGCCUGAGAAGCCCAAGGGCCCCCCCGAGCCCCCCGAGUUCCACUUCUCCGCCCGCAUGCCCAUCAUCAACGCGCAGGAUCUCGAAGUCGUCAAGCUGACGGCCCUGUUCGUGGCCCGACGGGGCAAGUCCUUCAUGACCGCCCUCUCCCAGCGCGAGGCCCGCAACUUCCAAUUCGACUUCCUCCGCCCGCAGCACAGUCUCUACUCGUUCUUCACGCGCCUCGUCGACCAGUACACGAUCCUGCUCCGCGUCGAGGGCAUCGACGCCGCGACGACGGAGAAGAAGCGGGUCGGUGAGCUGGAGCGCAACGUCCAGAACAAGUACCACGUGCUCGACCGCGCCAAGGAGCGCGCCGAGUGGGUCAAAUACCAAGCGCAGCAGAAGCAGGAGAAGGAGGAGGCCGAGGAGAAGGAGCGCAUCGCCUACGCCGAGAUCGACUGGCACGAUUUCGUCGUGGUCGAGACCGUGCUGUUCACCGCGGCCGACGACCAGAUCGAUCUGCCGCCGCCGACCUCCCUCAACGACCUGCAGUCCGCCUCGCUCGAGCAGAAGGCCAUGAUGUCGCUCAACCCGCUGCGCAUCGAAGAGGCCAUGCCCACCGACCUGGACGCCUCCAACUACUACAACGCCUACCCGCACCCGCACUUCCCCGACCAAGUCUCCCAACCGUUCGUCCCCGAGCCCGUCCCCGUCCAGCACACCGCCGGCCCCAUCUACCCGCCCCACGUCGGCCUCCCCCUGCCCACCGCCGCACCCCCCACGGCGCCCGCCGCCGCGCUCACCGCCGCGCACCAGGAAGAGGAGCGCUGGAUCCGCGAGCGCAUGGAAGCGCGCGAUCAAGCCGCCGCCCUCAAAGCCAACGCCACCGGUCAGCAACCACAACAGCAGCAGCAACAGCAACCCAUGCGCAUCCGCUCCGACUACGUCCCGCGCGCGCAGGCCCGCCGCCAGAACGCCGGCGGCGCCACCGCCCUCUGCCCCAACUGCCACCAGCAGAUCCCCGUCGCCGAACUCGAGCAGCACAUGCGCAUCGAGCUCCUCGACCCCCGCUGGAAGGAGCAACGCGCCAAGGCCGAGUCGCGCAGCGCCACCACCAACCUGUCGACCGCCGACGUCGUCAACAACCUCAAGCGUCUCGCCAGCCAGCGCAGCGACGUCUUCGACUCCUCCGUCCUCCCCACCGACGGUGCCGCCGCUGCCGCGGGAGCAGCAGCGGAGGAUGCGCGCCACAAGAGGAUGGCCUUCGAAGGUGCCCACGGGCAGGGUCCCGUGCCCGUCGGCCCCGCGGGUGGCCCGCCCAAUCCGCAAAAUAUGAGCGUCGAAGAGCAGAUCCGACGGAUCCACGAGCGA